GGGGCGGGGCUUCCUAAGACUAUAUAAAGCAGACGCCGCGCUCGCCUCCAUUAGUUUCGUCGAGACCUAGCGUUCCGUCACUUCUCUUCUGUGAGGACUGCUGCUGCCACCGUCGUAGACAAUGCAGAUCUUUGUAAAGACCCUGACAGGCAAGACCAUCACCCUGGAGGUCGAGCCCAGUGACACCAUCGAGAAUGUCAAGGCAAAGAUCCAGGACAAGGAGGGCAUCCCCCCUGACCAGCAGAGGCUGAUCUUUGCAGGCAAGCAGCUGGAAGAUGGCCGCACCCUGUCCGACUACAACAUCCAGAAAGAGUCCACCCUGCACCUGGUCCUGCGCCUCAGAGGAGGGAUGCAGAUCUUUGUGAAGACCCUGACAGGCAAGACCAUCACCCUGGAGGUCGAGCCCAGUGACACCAUCGAGAAUGUCAAAGCAAAGAUCCAGGACAAGGAGGGCAUCCCCCCUGACCAGCAGAGGCUGAUCUUUGCAGGCAAGCAACUGGAAGAUGGCCGCACCCUGUCCGACUACAACAUCCAGAAAGAGUCCACCCUGCACCUGGUCCUGCGCCUCAGAGGUGGGAUGCAGAUCUUUGUGAAGACCCUGACAGGCAAGACCAUCACCCUGGAGGUCGAGCCCAGUGACACCAUCGAAAAUGUCAAGGCAAAGAUCCAGGACAAGGAGGGCAUCCCCCCUGACCAGCAGAGGCUGAUCUUUGCAGGCAAGCAGCUGGAAGAUGGCCGCACCCUGUCCGACUACAACAUCCAGAAAGAGUCCACCCUGCACCUGGUCCUGCGCCUCAGAGGUGGGAUGCAGAUCUUUGUGAAGACCCUGACAGGCAAGACCAUCACCCUGGAGGUCGAGCCCAGUGACACCAUCGAGAAUGUCAAGGCAAAGAUCCAGGACAAGGAGGAUCCCCCUGACCAGCAGAGGCUGAUCUUUGCAGGCAAGCAGCUGGAAGAUGGCCGCACCCUGUCCGACUACAACAUCCAGAAAGAGUCCACCCUGCACCUGGUCCUGCGCCUCAGAGGAGGGAUGCAGAUCUUUGUGAAGACCCUGACAGGCAAGACCAUCACUCUGGAGGUCGAGCCCAGUGACACCAUCGAGAAUGUCAAGGCAAAGAUCCAGGACAAGGAGGGCAUCCCCCCUGACCAGCAGAGGCUGAUCUUUGCAGGCAAGCAGCUGGAAGAUGGCCGCACCCUGUCCGACUACAACAUCCAGAAAGAGUCCACCCUGCACCUGGUCCUGCGCCUCAGAGGUGGGAUGCAGAUCUUUGUGAAGACCCUGACAGGCAAGACCAUCACCCUGGAGGUCGAGCCCAGUGACACCAUCGAGAAUGUCAAGGCAAAGAUCCAGGACAAGGAGGGCAUCCCCCCUGACCAGCAGAGGCUGAUCUUUGCAGGCAAGCAGCUGGAAGAUGGCCGCACCCUGUCCGACUACAACAUCCAGAAAGAGUCCACCCUGCACCUGGUCCUGCGCCUCAGAGGUGGGAUGCAGAUCUUUGUGAAGACCCUGACAGGCAAGACCAUCACCCUGGAGGUCGAGCCCAGUGACACCAUCGAGAAUGUCAAGGCAAAGAUCCAGGACAAGGAGGGCAUCCCCCCUGACCAGCAGAGGCUAAUCUUUGCAGGCAAGCAGCUGGAAGAUGGCCGCACCCUGUCCGACUACAACAUCCAGAAAGAGUCCACCCUGCACCUGGUCCUGCGCCUCAGAGGUGGGAUGCAGAUCUUUGUGAAGACCCUGACAGGCAAGACCAUCACCCUGGAGGUCGAGCCCAGUGACACCAUCGAGAAUGUCAAGGCAAAGAUCCAGGACAAGGAGGGCAUCCCCCCUGACCAGCAGAGGCUGAUCUUUGCAGGCAAGCAGCUGGAAGAUGGCCGCACCCUGUCCGACUACAACAUCCAGAAAGAGUCCACCCUGCACCUGGUCCUGCGCCUCAGAGGUGGGAUGCAGAUCUUUGUGAAGACCCUGACAGGCAAGACCAUCACCCUGGAGGUCGAGCCCAGUGACACCAUCGAGAAUGUCAAGGCAAAGAUCCAGGACAAGGAGGGCAUCCCCCCUGACCAGCAGAGGCUGAUCUUUGCAGGCAAGCAGCUGGAAGAUGGCCGCACCCUGUCCGACUACAACAUCCAGAAAGAGUCCACCCUGCACCUGGUCCUGCGCCUCAGAGGAGGGAUGCAGAUCUUUGUGAAGACCCUGACAGGCAAGACCAUCACCCUGGAGGUCGAGCCCAGUGACACCAUCGAGAAUGUCAAGGCAAAGAUCCAGGACAAGGAGGGCAUCCCCCCUGACCAGCAGAGGCUGAUCUUUGCAGGCAAGCAGCUGGAAGAUGGCCGCACCCUGUCCGACUACAACAUCCAGAAAGAGUCCACCCUGCACCUGGUCCUGCGCCUCAGAGGUGGGAUGCAGAUCUUUGUGAAGACCCUGACAGGCAAGACCAUCACUCUGGAGGUCGAGCCCAGUGACACCAUCGAGAAUGUCAAGGCAAAGAUCCAGGACAAGGAGGGCAUUCCCCCUGACCAGCAGAGGCUGAUCUUUGCAGGCAAGCAGCUGGAAGAUGGCCGCACCCUGUCCGACUACAACAUCCAGAAGGAGUCCACCCUGCACCUGGUCCUCCGCCUCAGAGGUGGAAUGAAGAUCUUUGUGAAGACCCUGACAGGCAAGACCAUCACCCUGGAGGUCGAGCCCAGUGAUACCACCCAGAAGAUCAAACAGGUUGAUGGACGUACCUUUCUCAACACAGUAUCUAGAAAGAGCCCUUCUUGUGGUUGUUCGUGGGCUUGAUGGGGAAUUGUCUUAGUUUCCCCAUAUGUUUUAAACUGUUCACCAGUUUCCUUGCCCUUUGAAUAAAGUAUUGCAUUCCCAAA